GGAGACACAUACUGCCUGCCUGCUGCCUGUAGCAUUUGUGCCUGAGCUCCAGGCUCUGCUGUCCCCUCCGCUCCCUCCCCCGCAUGCAGCUCUCCAUCAGGGGGAACGAUGACAUCCUCUCUCCCCUGACUGCCUCGGACUGCUCCACAGCUCUGUGGUGCAGACGCUCGCUCUCUCUGAGUGAGUUUUUCCCUCCCCUCUGCCUGGUCUAGCUCUCAGGCUGUGGGAUUCAGUGGAUAAUCAGUGUGUCGGCGAGCAAGAGUGAGGGACUGAAGCAAAGAGAGAGAGAGAAAGCCUGGAUCAGGUGCAGCAGCCUUGACUUUGUCUGUCUCUUUCUGUCUGUUUUCUGCCUGGCACAUACAGAAGUGUAGACAGAACUCAUAAUUCAGCAAUUAGCCUUCCUUCACCCUCUUUCAACCUGCUCUGGGACUCAUCGCAACGAAGGAGAGAAGAGGAGGGAGACACUCAUCGCAGGACUUUGCAGAGUGACAAGUAUUGUUUUUUAUUUUAUUUGCUCGCUCUACGUCCUACUUUGCCCUACCCCUCCCCUCUAUCCCACCCGCACCCCUGCUUGCUCCAGCCAACACACACCCGCACACCCAGAGUGCGUAUCCAGGGGCAGACAGACAGAUAAACAGACGGACGCAGUAGGAUAUGGAGUCCAAAGGAAGCGGCAGGUUCUCUAUGUCCAGGUCUUUGAGCUCAGGAGACACCGUCCACGCCAGUGUUGUCGUCACACUUCUGCUCGGGGUAUGGUGUGCUUCAGCGCUGGAGGUGUCAGUGGGGAAGGUGCCCUUCAUGGAGGCAAUGAACGGCAGCACGGUGCUGUUACCCUGCACCUACUCCAGCUGCAUCGGCAUCAAGAACCUCUACUUCAACUGGCACUACAACGACAACGGCACCUUCAUGAAGCUGUGUGAGGCAGUGAUCCCCAUAGAAGGUGUGGAACCACGGGUGCAGGUGUACCACGAGCGGAUAGAGUUUGUGGGCAGCAGUAAGCACAACAACAUCUCCAUCCUGCUGUUCAACGUGACCUUCGAGGACGAGGGAGAGUACACCUGUUUCGCCCGGAAUCCCAAGGAGAAGCAUCGCAACCAUAGCGCCAUCUUCACCCUGUUCGUGGUGGAUGAGUUGAAAGUGGUUGACAAUACCGUAACCACCAUCAUUGUGUCUGUCGUGGGCGGAGUCAUUGGCUUGAUCGUCGUUGUCAUGGUGACAAAGACUGUGGUGCUCCUCAUCCUAAAAAAGUCUGCAGAGAAGAAUAAAGAGUGCCUUGUGAGCUCAGGACAGGACAACACAGACAAUGAACUCAACGCAGCCAAAGCGGACAACAAAGCCACACCGAAGGCAUGAAACAUAUACACCUGUGUAUAUGUGCAUACAGUAUAUGUCUGUACAUGUACACAUGCAAAUAUAUUGCACAGACAUAGAAAGAAAGCUAUUAUCAAUGGACUGUUUUAUCUAUCUAUUUAUCUAUCUAAUGACACAAGUAUAACAUGAACCAAUGUGAAAUCAUAUGUCAUAUGUCAUAUGUGCUUGAGAUUUGGGGAACAUGAUAGGUGAUCAGGGCUGGAUCAGACACACUCCAAUGACACACCUUAUGUAUUGUGUAUUCAGAUUGGGUUUUAAUUGCAGAAUUUAUCUGAAUCAGCUCAAAGUCUAUUUACUGUACAAGCAUUUCUGGAAUCAACAUCGACGUCUCACCAGUUACUCAUUCAUGUUCACGACGUAAAAAUGGCAGAUUGACGUUUAUUGGGAUGAAUCUUGUCAUGGGGGCAGAGCUGAGCAUUUUCCGCUAGAUUUAAGGUUAGGAUUUAUAUAUAAGGUUAACAGUGUAAUUACGGUCAGGGUUAAGGUCAGGUUUAAACCAGAGGAGGCUGGUGGGAGGAGCUAUAGGAGGACCGGCUCAUUGUAAUGGCUGGAAUGGAAUUGAUGGGACGGAUUAGAACGUGGUUUCCAUAUGUUUCAUGUGUUUUGCAUUUAUUUGCAUUUAUUCCAUUCCAGUCAUUACAAUGAGCCCGUCCUCCUAUAGCUCAUCCCACCAGCCUCCUCUAGUUUAAAAUGACAUUUUAAGACUUUGUGGCUUGGCCAGAAGUGACCACCCUGCAGAACUGCCUCCAAGACAAGAUUCAUCCCAAUGAAUGCCAACCUGCAUAAAGACUCAAACACACACAGUAACUCCCAUACUGUCAAGUUUUACUAACUGCCCUUUUGUAUAUCUAUAACAGCUAUAUAAUAUAUAAUAUAUAAUAUUCUGACCAUCUCUUCAGCUCUUUUGAUUAAGAGCCAUAUUUAAGGUUGCCAAUGGAGAUUCUUUAUACUCUCUGCAAACCUUUUACAGGGAGCAAACAGCUUCCCUCCUUUAACUAUAAGGAACGUUUACAGUCCAUUUUUGAUGCAGAACAAAUUUCACACAGUGUCAAUUGUGCCUAUCCCAUAGGUUACACAGUAACUGAAAGAUGUUUACAACAAUUCUCAAUGAUACAGUUACUGAGGUCAAGGCUCUUCAUUAGAUCUGCAUACUGAACACAAAUACUGUUCAGAAGCUUCGGAAGGCAAAGCAGUGGCCUGGUCAUGAGGACAAUGUCACAGCGGGGGAAAGGAGUGUGACAAAGGAGAAGAGGAAGAAGGGAGUCAUUGGAGUGUAUGUUAGAUCCAGCCCAGAAAUGGUUUGAGUCAUUUUUGCAUUAGAUGAAGCACAGGUGCCUGUUUUCACUGCCUGCUCCCUUCGCUUUUCGGGAACCUCAAAACCGCUGCGAAAAACACACAAAAAAAACCCAGAUGUAAUAUAAAAAAUGAAUUCAAGUUUAUGAUGCCGCUUCUAACUAAUAACAAAUGCAUUUUUUUUUCGCAUGUGAAUGUUGCUUAUAUAUGAAACACGUCCAUACCCCGGGAAAGACUGCUGUCUAGUGUGCUGUCAUCACCUGGCCUGUAUGUAUAGUGAAUCUGUAGGCUACUUCAUUCACAUCCACUUCACCCCCAUAGGACUAACAUGCUAAGGAGGCCAUUGGCCUAAUACAGGACAAUACCCCACGACUUCAACAGUGCAAAACAUUGUAUUGAUGACUCUGAUGCCAAAUACCAAGCAGGCUCAUCAUCAGUACCCCUUGACCUUGUGUCCCGUAUUCAAAUCACCAUAUGAACCAAAAUCCCCACUACUAAUGUGCAUGAUUGUUUUAUGAAUACCCACUGUUGUUGGUUGUUCCCCCAGAAAUAGAGACAGCUGUGGGCGUCGGGAUUUGAGCUACGGACCGCAAUGGCUCAAGUAGCACAAAGAUCCAUUGUCACUCAAUCCAAGCAUUCCCCUUAGGACUCUGUCCCCUCAAGAAUGAAUGUCAUCUUGCCUCGUUAAUGAAAAUCAUGCAAUUCUCAGAGCGAUAAUAGUCCACGACAAAACCAGGGCAAAGCCAUAACAUAUCUGUCUAAAUGCAUUUAUUUCCAACCUGUUUCGAAGGCAAAUGCGUUAUUAGUUUGUCCACAUUUGGGUCAAAUUCAGAGGUGCCACUUGAAAUGACGGCCACACCUCUAUACAUCUACGUGAGCAUAAAGUACCAUUGUGGUUGCAGAGCUAGGACUAUACAUGAAUGUCCACUUCGUAGGGUUUACUCAUCUGAGAUGGAAAUGCAAAUAGGCCCCUCCAUCUCCUCUCCACACCUUCUCCUCGCCCUGAGAUCAUACAAUGGGCAGGGGGUUUUCGGGAGAGGGUGGUGCUGUAGACCUAGGAGGAGGGGCAUUGUAGGCACUUUACUAACAUAGGGUAUCCUUAUCGACGUCUGGAAUGUGGUGGACGUGAGGAAUAGAGAGGUGUGCUCGGAGACUUUGCAGGUAGGGUUGACGGUUGCGCCGGGUUGACUGAAACCAGAUUGUGUGUGGUGAUAGCGAGAUAACGGGUUUGAGAUGGACAACUUGUCCAACUGUAUUCCCUCACCACGUUGGGGUUGGCACCUCCGGAAAGGUCUUCCUUAUCACCUGACCUGCAGUACCUUUUUCCCUUAUGUUACCACAAGGGGCCCCAGUGACGUGGAGAGCCAGGGAACGCUGUCAGGCAGAGCACUGCCGUACCCAUAUCCCACGGUUGUGAUUUUAAUCCUAUAGGAUGAGUUGAUGGAUGCACUAGUGGCACUGGACUUACGUUUGCCAAGUAGUGUCGUAGCUUUAGAGAGGCAGCAGACGGGAUACAGCAACAACAUUUCCGCGGGUCCUUGCAGAAUCACGUAUCACCUUGUUCACUAUCUACCCGCCACCAUGGUUUCCAUGUUUCAUUCGUACAUACCUAUGUUUAAUGGGCGCAGCGAGGUUGGCAACGUGAAUUUGCUAUUGUGGUCGCGAACCAGCUCGUGAAUCCGCUCAUGGAUCUAGGAUAUUGGGUAAGGUGGUGCGCUGUCUGUUCUAUGCACGGAUGUACCAACUGUUUGUGAUGAUGUGGUCCAUGGUGGCUCUUCUGUCCAUUGUGGUACCCCGUAGAAAGCCAGAAACACGCAGAGUCAUGCACACACACCCACACCCACACACACACACACAAUAUUGGUUCCAUGUGAAGUCAGUGAACCGUUACUCCUUUGACAUUAGAGGAAAAGCACCAAAGCCUGCCUCUUGGGAGAAAAGCAAUACUGUUGAGUUGAUCCUUGUCUGUCAGUGUCUUUGUACUAUCAAGCCUCUGUUGGUGUAUUCAGAAGGAUCGUGUCGAUGAAGAACAAUGAUCCAUAAGUCUAGUUACUGCGUUUGUAUCUUGUUUUUAUCAGAUUCCUUUUCCCUUCUGUAACUUCAAUCAGAUCUGAGAAUCUGAGAAUCUCCAAAAGAAUACCAUCGGAAUUACAUGUCUUGUGUGUUACUAAGUACGGAGUCAUCGUUCACUGUUUCAGUAUCUCGAGAAGAGCACCGCCUGUUCAAGCCACAAGCUCUGAGCUCGACUGUGCGUGCCUGAGCCGCGGGGCGCAGCAGUGAGCAUGCCCAGUGUAAGUGCUGCUCUAGAGGCAGUCGCAUAGCCGCAGUGAUGCAUGGUGGGUCGCAUGUUAUGAUGGACUAAAAGCUGCGAUCAGCUCAAGUCUGCAUCGAACCGUGGUAGAUCCGUACGACUCACCCUGAGAGCCAACGUCUCAGGCAGCACAGACUAACAGCAUGGCUGGUAGUAUUAGGAGUACUGUUAUAGCACAGUCUUAUUCAGCCCCAUUUGAUACACUCUCGUCAGACUUGCACAACCUUGAAAUUCAACAAAUGACAUUAUGUGAAUGUUCUGCAGCUCAAAAAAAAGAACACUCCAAGUUUCUAACAAAGCAUUGUAGAUUACAUUUGCCACAGGGUAUAUUUAUCCAAUAUGAAGAUGGACAAUGGCAGUCAGGGGACAGAAAUAGAUAUAUAUCCACUCAGUCCUAACAUUGUCUGCCUCGUAUAUAGUAGAUGUAAUAAUCGUCUGAUUUGAUACUCUCCCGCGGCCCACUGCCGGAGCGACUCCUACUCACACUGCCAGGCCACGAGUUUGUGAAGUCUGCUCUCUGCUUCCCACAUUCCAUUGCAGAGAACAUCCACUGUUCCAACCUGCAGUAUACUGUACAGAACAGUACAGGUCCCCUGGCCAAACUGCAUUCUAAAACUCCUUUUCUAUAGGCUCAGUUGUGCGCUGUUUUAGCCCACCAAGGCCAAGUGAAACAAACAAGCCAAAAAAAAAGUAUAUAUUUAAAUCCUUAUUACAAUGGGUGUGCAUGUGCAUUUGUAGCCAACUCAAGCUACCCACAGCACAGUUUACUCUAUAUUUACAUAGAUGUGACUUUUACUCUGAGCUCACAGGUAGCCAGGUUACUGCUUGUUAGAAUCACAACACACACCUAUAGGUGUACACUGUUUUUACCCAUCAUCCUCUACUCCAAGGAGCUGUCCAGGGUUCUGAGGAGGGGCUGUUUUCACUCCCUCACUGGCCUCACCCACGGCGUUUACUGCCAGUGGGUAGUCGUCGCCACAUGGCCAGGCUUAAAAUGGACUCAAGUGGCAAAUAUCAUCCUAACAUAUGACUAAGUGCACUACAUUUGCUAUUUGUUGUUGGGGUUUAACAAGUGCUGCACUUCCAUAAUGUCUUGCUAAAUUGUAACGACCACUGUCAAGCCCAAGCUGAGUAUGAGGGCUAUAAUGUGGCUCGUGCUGAAGAAAACAGCUCGCCCUCUUACCCACCAAAACAUACUCACCCACUUACUGUGAGGCAGUCCAUGACUGACCCAACUCAACUCCCUCGGUCUCCAACAAGACACUUCGUUGAACUAUAAAGUCAAUGUGCAACUCCCCUUAAUAUGUCUCUGUAGUAAUGUCCCACAUUCUCCCUUCUCAUAACUGUGCACCUCAAUCGUUUUUUUCUCUCUGGAUUGUAGAAAACAAGUACAUAUAUAUAUAUAUAUAUGAAAUAAAGGUUUGCAUAAAAGGA